CCCCUUUGCUCCCAAAGUCCGAAAUCCCAGCCUCCUGCGCCGCCGCCAACAAUGGCAACGGCAUCCACUCCCUCCACCCCCACCAGCCGCCUCCGCCGCGAGGACGCGGUCCGCGCGGUGGCUGUGCUCCUCCGAUGGCUCCAGAAGCACCCGACCCCGGCGCCGGAGCCCAUCUAUCUCAUCGUCGCCCUCAAGCGCGCCCCCGUCCGGCGCUUCGAGCACCAGCUCCGCCUCCCGCACUCUCCGUUACCCUCCAUCUCCCUCGUCUCGGACCGCCUCCCCUCCGAUCUCCCCGACGACGUCGAACCGCUCCCUUCCUCCGCGCUCCGGUCCCUCCCCGCCGCCGCGCGGCGCGGCCUGGUCCUCGUCGACCGCCGCCUCAGGAUCCCCGGCGGCGGGGGCAAGGCGGUGGGCGCGAAGCGCGGCGUGACCGUGCCUGUGGACCUAUCCGACCCUGCGUGGGCGGAGUCCGCGAGGGAGGCGGCGCGCUGCGUGGAGCUGCGGGUGGAGAGCGGGACGUGCCGCGCCGUGCGCGUGGGCCACGGCGCGAUGUCGCGAGAGGAGGCCGUGGAGAACUUGGUGGCCGCGGUGGAGGCUGCCGCCGCGUGCGUGCCGAGGAAAUGGAAGAACGUGCGGGCGCUGCAUGUGAAGUCCCCUGAGUCGGUCGCGCUGCCGCUCUACUCGGCGCCCGGUACAAGCAGCGACCAGGACGGCGACGACAAUCCGGAGGCUGCGAAGCGGGAAUGCGCAGCAGCGGUGGAGGAGCAGGGGAGGGUGAAGAGGAGGAAGAAGAGUGGCAUGGGUUGUAAUUAGUCAAUUGCCCUGUUCCCAAUUGUGUCUUGUCUUUGCUCAUGUAAGGAAUAACUUUGAAUCAGGGGAUUCACCGAGUCCUAAAAUCAGCUACGUUCAGUUAGUUGAUGUGGACUUUGAUGGCAUAAUUUCUAGUAGUCUUGAUUGAUGUCCAACAGAAUUUUGAUAUGAACAACGUCCCCUAA